AUGUCAAAUUUCAUUUUCAUCGAUGUCCAAGAUACCUCUGGGUACAACCAGAACAGAAUCAAGCGCCAUGCUGCCGCAGGCAUCCAUCGCCGAAAGCGUUCGGCCAAUGUUAUCCUCCGUCAGAAUCUCUCAUCGGCCCGAAAGGCAUUGACCAUUCGUCCUCAAAGGAAGCCACAACAAGGUGAAGAAGAAGAUAAGACAGGGAACGUGUUGCGAAUGCGGCCAGCACGGCAAAAUGUGCGCGUGCGGGAUCCUAAAAUCGCGUUGAUGUUUCGGUGGAGAGCAAGAGGACCGACGGCUCUCAAGCCUCCGAGUGACGAUCUGAAGAUCGAGCGCGUUUUAAGCGAAUCUUUCAAUUGGAUGAUGGGGCAAUACAACUCGUCAUGGUCCUCGCUGGUCCAGUGUGAUUCGACAGUCUUCGACACCAAUGAAGAAGUUGAAAUCUUCAGAGAGGCUUUCUACAUUGUCACCGACCUCUUGGAGAUACAAAAAACAGACGCUGCGUUUGCGGUUCUCCAGCGUACCUUGGAUGCCAUUCCCCGGAUGUUUCGAAAUCCUCACCCCGAACUGCUGUUUACUCUAGUUGAACUUGCUUACGGGAUCAACAUGGGCCAUGCCUCGGUUCUGCAUACUCGGAUCAGAUUGCAUGUGGCUGACCUCGCAUCUACAAUCUUAGGCACGAAGCACCCAUUGACGAUUCUGCUCAAGUCUGAAUUCAAUGCGUCGUUAACGAAUCACGUUACUGAACUUGUGUUCAGAUGCAUUAUCGAUGCACUGGUGAAAACAUUUGGACUUGAUGCAUAUCAGACAUUAGCCCACCAGAUGGGCCGUUCCCAGUUCUAUUCGCGCACGGGUCGAGGCGAAGAAGGCGAGAAGUUGCUUACUGAUAUUCACGAGCGGUGGAAGCAACAAUACGGUUCUGACUCGUCUCUUGCGAGUCUUGCAGGGCUUGAACUGUGCCUUGUACGCCUACAGAAUUGCCGCCAGCGAGACCAGGAUCCUCACCUAGAUUCAAUGCUGGAGGCUCAAGCCAACAAUGCGAUGCUGAGGAUCGAAGUCAUGGCUGGAGUCUACUCAAACAAAUUUACCGACAAGCCUUCGUCCCAUCCCAAUCUGCAGCAUCAAUAUCCAUCGACAAUGGCGCUUUCGCAAUGGUUCCUCCAGAAUAAACGUUAUGCAUUUGCACUGCAUUGUUAUGAGCGUGCGAAGCAAUCCACGACGGAUCAUACUCACACUUCAACAAGACGAUUGGGAGAUCUCAUCGUUGACACGACGGAGAGUGCUCUGCAUGAUAUCUUGUGGCAGUCUCGCACCUUGUCGAUACUUCCAUCACAAGCUUCCGUGCCUGGAAACGUGGUUGCAAUGUCUCCAGCCUGUGACCAUGAGAGCUGA